UCAUGUGAUUGUACAAGUCAUGUGACACAAGCUGUUUUCCAGAGCAGGACAGGGUCGGACCUGAAAAUGACAGCUGGGCGCUGUCGCCUGUUCACUGUUGUUGGUGUAAUGGUCAUGUUAGUCUAUUUUGAUGCGAGUCUCCAACGCGCUACAUUUCAGGUGUGUCAUGCGUGUGAGGGGAUCUUACAGAACGGAACCGCGGUGGGAAAUUUCUGCACAGUAUCGUCCGGUCAGGCCGAGGGACGCUGUUGCUUAGGGACACAGGGUCUGGAUGUGGACUCUAUCACAGGAUUAGAUCUCUCAAAUUGUUCACUAAGAGAAGUAAAAGGCCUGAAUGAAGCAUCAACAGCCAAAAUAAUAGACCUCUCAGCAAACCCCGUUUUAAACUUCAAUGACUCAGUCUUUCAAGGUUUCACACAACUGCAGCGUUUGCUGUUGCCAUAUCAUCUGACAUGUCCAGGGGGCAAUGCAUCCUGGGAAAAAGUGGAGACCAGAGGGGAGAUACGCCUGUGUGAAGGACAGAGGAACAGUUGUGAUCAAAUGGGGCACAAGUCUGGGGACUGCCCUGAAAAUGGCCUCUGUGCUCCAGAUGGGCCUGGCUUCUUCCAGUGCAGGUGCACACAAAGUCACCAUGGAUACAAGUGUCUCAGAGAGGGCCAGUUCCCAUUGGCUGAAGUGCUGGGGAUUUUGGGUGGGGCCACAGUCCUGGUCUCCGCCUUGCUGUGGGUGACACAGCGACGUAAGGCUAAGUCCAUCUGAGUCCCCACUCCACUGUACCCCCACUCUCCCCAUCAUUCAUCAGCCAACUUGCAAAAUAAUGAAAAUGUUAUUUAUUCAGACAAGUUGCAAGUUUUCAGCCACUUCUCAACUGAAAAAAUAUUAACAUUUUACCAAUUUUAUGGUAGUUUAGCCACCUUUAUGACUAUAUUUACAUUAUUAGAAUUAAUUGAUCUGCAGUUAAUUAUAAGGGGUGAAUCCUUAAUUGAUUGUUCAGCCUCUGUAAUAAAGCUGACCUCAUUCCUCUGGAUACUAACUUUCCACAGAGGGCAAACUGUGCCAGACCCUGGGCAGUGGCCUAACUCAGCAUGCAGGUUGUGGUCACUUAUGAAAAUUACACCGUCAUCUCCUCUAUAUUACAUCAACCUGUCAGUACAACAAGCCUUACACUUCUGGUAGUACCAUCUGUAAUCACAUUUGUGAAAGUACAUGUCUGUAAAUUGGAAGCGUGAGGUUGUCUGGUCAUUGGUGGGGACAUGCAUGCCUGUGUAAUUCUUUUCUGUAAUUCCUUUUUGGAAUUAUGAAUGGAAGAAAUGAUUUGAUUCAUGUAACCACUGUAUGAAUGCACUGCCUUUUAACCUAUGGAGUCAUUUAUGUACCUGUGGAAUUCCUGUCCUUUGCUGUACAUUGCAGCCUGUUUGUGAGAUACACCUUCUACUCAGGAUAAGUGCUAUAUGUCAUAUGCUCUGUAUAUCUGUUAUAUAAAAUGUUACAUUACA